AUGCCGGUUACUGACAGCGAGACAAAGAAUGACAGCUUCCAUAAUGAGGAAAGUUUGUUGUCAGAGCAUUCAGGAAGUCUAUUUGUAUUUACAGGGAACGUGGCCCUCGGAGGGAAUGCAUCUCAGUCAAGUACUAACUGGGGAGGAGAUGCGAACAGAGCCAUCGAUGGGAAUCGAAAUGCCUUCUAUGGUAACCUGUCUUGCACUCACACUAACACCGAUGAUGAACCCUGGUGGAGUCUCGAUCUAUUCACUGCUGUUCCGGUGUUGUGUAUAAAGAUCACCAAUAGGCAGGAUUGCUGCUGGCAACGCUUGAGGAACAUUGAGAUCCGUGUUGGCCUUUUCCCCGCCACCCAGAACGACAAAAACCAAGUAUGUGGAAACAUUGUGGGCCUCAGAGCAGGAGAAACUAAAGUUAUUAGCUGUGGUGGAAUGCUUGGUCGAUUCAUCAACAUCCACAAGAAAGAAAAAGGCAUCCUGACUCUCUGUGAGUGUGAGGUUUAUGCACACAAUAAGAUACUGUAA